AUGCCGACUCUACGCCAACGUGCCUCUUCGGCCUCAGCAGAAACCCGAGAUCUCUGGCCCUCCAUAUCCGCAACCCUCGGCCAAUCCUACAGCAUUUACUACCAAUCCACCGACUCCCUCCCCUACCCAGGUCCUUACAGCGCCGCCCAAGCCUGGCCGCGAAUAGCAGUAGUAGCCUCCUCAGACCCCGUGGAUGUAGCAUUAAGCAUGCAAAGCUCCGACCGUCUUGGCUGUCCCGAACACGUUGCCGUUCUAAAUACCGCUAAUGAAAAGACACCGGGCGGAUUAUGGCAAGGUGCUGUAUUCGCACCGGAAGAAGCAUUAGCAAGACGGAGUAAUCUUGUUACAGCGUUAAUGACAAGUGAUGACGGUGGUUCUGCACCGCAUCAUUACCCGUUACCUGAAAGAGGGGGGUUGUUUAGUCCCAGAGUUACGGUUAUAAGAGGUGGUCCUGAACAGAAUUAUGCAUUAUGGGCUGAUUCGGAUUGGAGGUCUGUAGCGGUAAUUUCGGUUUCACCGGUUCGUAGGCCAAAGUUGGAUGAAAGUGGGGCUUCUUAUAGCUUUCCUCAGGAAAGAGAGCUACAGAGAGAGAAGAUGAGAGCAGUAUUGAGAAUGGCAGCUUAUCAAGGGAUCUCGGAUAUCUGUUUAAGUCCCUUUGGAUGUGGGAGUUAUAAGAACCCCGUUGAGGAAGUAUGUCAGAUUUGGAAGGAGUUGUUGUUGGGAAGAGGUAGUGAAUUUGAAGGAUGGUUUAGGAACGUAUUGUUUGCAGUGGCUGAUGGGAAAGGGGAGAGGAACUGGGAGGUUUUUAUGAGAUACUUCGGAUGA